CUUAGCAAACUCCGCCACCUCUAAUCGGACCUCCCAAAGGUCGCCUCCACCAUCUUCAUUGCCAUUAAAACCACCCAUUCUUCACACUCUACGCACACCUCUCCUUCUCCAAAAUGCAAUCCGCCAUUUCCCUCUCCCUUUCCUCUCCAUCGCUGAUCGCUCGAUCCUCCGCCGCCAACGACACCUGUCCGUCGCCGCUGCGCUCGCUCCGCUUCUGCGGCCUCCGGAGAGAGGCAUUCGGCGCCGGCGCCUCUUCAGCUGCGACUUCCUUGCGCUUGGCUAGCUUCAAUUCGCGUUCCCAGCAUUCCAAUUUGAAUGGCGUUUUCGCGGCCUUGAAAGGCAACGGCGCGCCCUCGUCGAGCGGCUUCGACUACGAUCUGGUAAUUAUUGGAGCUGGAGUUGGCGGCCACGGUGCCGCGCUUCAUGCUGUUGAGAAGGGCUUGAAAACUGCCAUUAUUGAAGGGGAUGUAGUUGGAGGAACAUGUGUCAAUAGAGGCUGUGUUCCUUCUAAAGCACUUCUUGCUGUCAGCGGUCGCAUGCGAGAGCUUCAAAAUGAACAACAUAUGAAGUCUUUCGGUCUGCAGGUUGCAGCAGCUGGAUACGACAGACAGAAAGUUGCUGACCAUGCAAAUAAUUUGGCCUCAAAGAUCAGAAGCAACUUGACCAACUCAAUGAAAGCUCUUGGUGUCGAUAUAUUGACAGGUUUUGGUACUAUUUUGGGUCCACAAAAGUUGAAAUUUGGAAAAGGAGAUUCUGGGGACAAGAUUAUAACUGCAAAAGACAUAAUAGUUGCUACGGGUUCUGUUCCUUUAGUGCCCAAGGGAAUUGAAGUUGAUGGCAAGACAGUAAUUACCAGUGACCAUGCGCUUAAAUUGGAAUCUGUUCCACAGUGGAUAGCUAUUGUUGGAAGUGGCUACAUUGGACUUGAGUUCAGUGAUGUGUAUACCGCACUUGGAAGUGAGGUUACUUUCAUUGAAGCUUUGGAUCAAAUCAUGCCCGGAUUUGAUCCUGAGAUUGGAAAAUUAGCUCAACGAGUUCUCGUUAACCCUCGCAAGAUUGACUCUUACACUGGUGUAUUUGCUAGCAAGAUCACUCCUGCAAAGGAUGGGAAACCAGUACAAAUAGAGCUCAUUGAUGCAAAGACAAAGGAACCAAAAGAAACUCUGGAGGUAGAUGCCGCACUUAUUGCGACUGGAAGGGCCCCAUUCACUGAAGGGCUUGGUUUGGAAAAUAUUAAUGUUCAAACACAACGUGGAUUUGUCCCUGUUGAUGAGCGCAUGAGAGUUAUUGAUGCAAAUGGGAAGUUGGUUCCUCAUUUGUAUUGCAUUGGAGAUGCUAAUGGGAAAAUGAUGCUUGCCCAUGCAGCCAGUGCACAAGGAAUAUCUGUUGUUGAGCAAGUUACAGGAAACGACCAUGUCCUGAACCAUUUAAGCAUUCCAGCAGCAUGCUUCACCCAUCCAGAAAUCAGCAUGGUAGGAUUGACUGAGCCUCAAGCCAGAGAAAAGGCUGAGAAGGAAGGAUUUGAAGUAAGCAUUGCCAAAACAAGUUUCAAAGCAAAUACAAAAGCUCUUGCUGAAAAUGAAGGAGAAGGAAUGGCCAAGUUGAUAUACAGGCCUGACAACGGUGAGAUCCUUGGGGUUCAUAUUUUUGGAUUACAUGCUGCAGAUCUCAUACACGAGGCAUCUAAUGCCAUUGCCAUGGGAACACGUAUACAGGACAUCAAAUUUGCCGUGCAUGCACAUCCAACCUUGUCUGAAGUGCUGGACGAACUCUUUAAAUCAGCAAAGGUUAAACUCACUGCCCCUAAAACAGUUGCUAAGGCAGUCCCUGUUUAGGCUUGUAGGCUGCUUGUAAUUUAUUCGAGUAAUGACUUCGCGAGGUUUUGAAAGCCGCUGGUCAUGGAGAGGAAUUGCUGAAACAGAUCAUCUUACAUAGUAUUGCAAUUGUUCUCUAUUUGAUGAAGUCUGCAGUCUGCACUGGCUCGUGUGAAGGAUGGUCAAAUUUUUGGAUUUGUAUACAUACAUUUUAAUUACUUUCUUAUAUGUGGUCUAGACAUGCGAAGACACCCACCAGCUUCUUGUAGGAAUUUGUUGAACUCGGAAAUAAAUAUUGUUUGUUUAUGGAUCAAAUAAGGUAAUUUCUUCCAUUUAUGUUGUAAAAAUGUAAGGAAUUUUCAAAUGUUUUUACUCUUCCAUUUUAAA